AUGACUACUGUGAAAAGAAGAAGAGAAAUUACAAAAUCACGAGGAACACAAUCAAAUCUUCCAGAGUCUUUUGCAGUUGAAUUAGGUAAUGCUGCAAAAAUAAAGUGUGGGUUUAAAGAAAAAUGGUUGUUUAGCAUCAUGGUUAUUGAUACACGUGGAACACAUGAUAGAAAAGGUUGUACAGAGUGUAGGUGUAAGCUUAUGAAUCUUCCAAAGGACUUUUACAAUGUCACAACAGGCAUUAAUGGUCAAUUGUUAUCUAAAAAUUAUAAAGGAGGACUCUUUUGUUGUCAAGAUAACAUACAAUGCAAAUUAAGAAAUGGUUUUCGUGGCCCAACAAGAAAUCUUUCCCUAAGAUACAAAAUAAGGUGGGUUGAUUGGGAUGAACACCAAGUGCCUCUUAAGUUCUACAUACUUGAUUCAACUGAUCGUGUAAGAUCAAAUGGUUCUACACCAAUUCAUGAUUGUCAGGCAGAGUAUACGAUCCCGAGAAAUCAUGACAGCAACUUCCCUCAUGUUAAGAAAGCAGACAUCCCAAUGACAAAAGGUGGUUAUCUUAUAUAUGGCACUGCACAUAUGCACACUGGUGUUGUCAAUGCUACUCUAUAUGGACAGGAUGGAAGGGUUUUAUGCACUUCAAAUCCAAAAUACGGAACUGGAAAAGAAGCAGGAAAUGAAAAGGGUUACCUAGUUGGAAUGUCAAUUUGUUAUCCCAAACCUGGUUCCAUCAAGAUUGAAGAUGGAGAAAUUCUAACACUGGAAUCCAUAUAUGAAAACAAGUUUCGCACUGGAGCUAUGGGACAUUUCUACAUUCACUUGGCAGAACAAAUACCAAACAAAUAUUUGAAGGAAAUUUGA